AUGAAUAAAAGAUAUUAUUUACAAUGCAAAGACUACACUUUGUAUGAUAGAGAUGAAUGUGUAGAAUUAUCACUUUACUUACCACUCGAUGUUGAUGUCAAGAGUGAAAACUAUUCGAUACCAAACAUUGAAAACACCAAAGACACGAUCAUCCAGGCCUUCAAAGCCCUCGAUCUCCCAAUAGAGGUUGAAGAUCCCAACGCCAACCCAUAUGGUGGCAGAUACGGCAGAGGUGGCAACAACAAUGACAAACACAGCAAGAAGUUUGCUGAAGUCAUCACCCCCGCACCAAUGUGGGCAAGCGUCAUGUCCUUUAGUCACAACGUAGCCUAUUCUGAUAAUGCUGGUGCUGGUCAACAACAAGUCCAUAUUGGUGAAUUUUCUGCAACAAGAUUUGUUGAUGAUUUAUCACCAGUACUUAAUUACUUUUGUUUAAAGAAUGAACCAAUUCCAAAUGUUAUUUUGAGAACACAAUUAAAGAUUAAUAAGAAGGAUAUGAAGAUGAGCGUGACAGAGUAUGAAUGCACAAGUGCAUUUAUCACCAAUCAGUCGGUCAGUGGAGGAUCUGGUGGCAAGCCGGUAGAGACCCUCUCGCUCAAGCCAAUUGACUUGGUCUACAAGGUAUACGAAUUCAACUUGGAGAAUGGUGACGUGAUCAAAAAGACCAUCUCCAAGUGGAACUCAGAGACAUCGACUGGCUCGAGAACCAUCCUCAGCGGUGCAAAGUCGUUGGUCGAGAUUACCAAGAGUCGUAUGUUGGCCGAAAACGAUCAAGCAGGCAUCAAGAUGCUCAAGGACAUGGGUAUCCUCUCCGAGUAUGAAGUGCCAUCCCCCAACAAGGAGGUCUCCUACCAAUUCCUCUUCAAGUCCAAUCCAUACAUUGUCAAACAAUUUACACCAACCACCGUCACCAGAGUCGGUGUCAUCGAAGGUAUUGCCGCCAAACUCGACAAGCCAGUCUCUGACAUCAAGGCAAUCUACUCUGCAGGCAUGGAAAUUGAAACUGAAGCUGAGUUCCAAUCAUCAGGUCUUGUCCAAACUACCAGUCCAUUUACUGUUGAACUUAUUGAUGGUUCAUUUAUAAAAGUUUUAAUCAUGGUUAAUCAAAAUAUAGUUAGAAUGACUCAAAGUUUGAGAACAGUAUUUCUUGCACAAAAGACUAGACCUUUGGAAUGGCGUUACUCUCAACUCAAAGCAAUGAAAAAGAUGAUCACAGAGAACAAGGAUGAUAUUAUCAAAUCGGUGCACAAAGAUUUAGGAAAGCACGUGUUUGAAAUCACACAGUCAGAGGUUGUAUUGAUCGUUGCAGAGAUUGAAGAGACGAUUAGCAAGCUAGAAGGAUGGGUCAAGCCUGAAAAGGUGUACACUCCAGUUGGUAUGAAACCAGCCACCUCACACAUUGUCAAGGAUCCAUUGGGUGUCGUUCUCAUCAUCUCACCAUGGAACUAUCCAGUCAACUUGGCAUUGGUUCCCUUGAUUGGUGCCAUUGCUGCCGGUAACUGUGCUCAUGUCAAGCUUUCUCGUCACUCUGCCAGCACUGGUGAGCUUCUCCACAGACUAUUGACCCAGUACAUGGACAAGGAAGCAUUCACCUUUGACUGGGAAGGUGGUGCUCAAUACAUCACCGACUUGAUCGAAGUCAAAUGGGACCAUAUCUUCUUUACCGGUUCUGUCAAUGUCGGUCGUAUCGUCUACCAAGCUGCCGCUAAAUUCCUCACCCCUGUCACCUUGGAAUUGGGUGGUAAGAAUCCAUGUAUCGUUGAUAAGGAAGCAAACCUUAAAUUGGCUGCUACUAAAAUUGUCUGGGGAAAAUGUUGGAAUGCAGGACAAACAUGUAUUGGUUUGGAUUAUUUAUUAGUUCAUAAAUCAGUUGUAGAUGAUUUGAUUGAAGAAUUCAAGGUUGUAUUAAAAGACUUUUAUGGAGAGAAUAUUAAAGAGUCACCUUCAUUUGCUCGUGUUGUCUCUAAACAACAUACUGAACGUUUACAAAAAUUAUUCUCUUGUGGCAAGGUUGUUAUUGGUGGUGAAGCCGAUGUUGAACAACGUUAUGUUGCACCAACCUUUAUUGUCGAGCCAGAUCUCGAGUCACCCAUCAUGACUGAAGAGAUUUUCGGUCCAGUCCUUCCCAUCAUCACCUAUGAAAACAUUGACGAAGUCAUCUCGUUUAUCCAAGCACGUCCACACCCACUCACCCUCUACUUGUUCUCUACAGACAGUGCCGUACAAGACAAGAUCUUGGAAAAUACUCAAUCUGGUUCUGUCAUGUACAAUGAAGUUCUUUUACAUUUUGCCAACAAUUCUCUUCCAUUUGGUGGUGUUGGUGACAGUGGUCUUGGUUCAUAUCAUGGAAAGGGUACUUUUGAUACCUUUGUACAUCGUCGUGCUCUUGUAAAGGGUACUACUAAAAAGUGGUUAGACGUAUCAAUUAAAUAUCCACCAUAUUCUGAACUUGCAACAAAUGUUGUUGGAAAAUUAAUGGGUUCUGGAUGGUAA